UUCAACAACUGCAGCCACCUCGGUAGCUCGCUAGCCAAUAAAGUCGGAACAUUCAAGUUCAUUAGACAAUUUCGUGCUUUAUUUGCCACUGAUUUAAACAUACUUAUGUGGAAACAACUAGCUACCCCGUUUAAUUUAAUAUUUACGUUGUAAGUCAACUAGCUGGCCGGUUAAGUUAGCACUAGUCUAGUCACUAAUGCUAACAUCCCCGAACAUGAGUUCACUAAGCUACUCUCCUCCUGCUAAAGAAGAGGAGGUCUGCUGGACGGAGAAAGAAGCUCUCGUGAAAGAAGAAGAGGAAGAGAAGGAUGUUACAAUACAAAAACAAGUAGAGGGUGAGACUGUUACCGUGAAAGAAGAAGAUCAAGACGUUACAGUCAAAGACUCCUUCAGGGUGAAAGAGGAGGAGAAUGUUACUGUGAAAGAAAAGGAGGAAGAUGUAGUUUUGGGAGUGGAGGAUGAAGUGAAAGAAGAUGAAGACAUUUUUGGAAUGAAGGAUGAAAAGGGGGAGAUCACUGUCACAUUAGAGGAGGACGAAGAAGAGAAGACUGGAGAUCUGAUUAACAACAGUAAAUACAGAGAGAGACGGAACUAUCAUGGAUCCUCUGGGGAGCUUCAACAGCAUCAUGAUGCUGACAAGACAGAGAAGAGUCUCUCCAGAUCAGAACUUCUCAAGAAACACCAGCAGACACCCACAGGAAAGAAAUCUCACUGCUGCUCUGACUGUGGGAAACAUUGCAAAUCUUCAUCAGAACUUAAAAAACACCAGAGAACACACACAGGAGAGAAGCCUUAUUGCUGUGAUCAAUGUGGGAAGAGUUUUACUAAUUCAAGUAAUCUGAAAACACACCAGAGAACACACACAAGAGAGCAGCCUUACAGCUGUGAUCAGUGUGGCAAGAGUUUUACUCAGUUAUGCAACCUGGUAUCACACCAGAGAACACACACAGGAGAGAAGCCUUAUAGCUGUGAUCAGUGUGGCAAGAGUUUUGCUCAGUCAAGUAGCCUGGUAUCACACCAGAGAACACACACAGGAGAGCAGCCAUAUAGCUGUGAUCAGUGUGGCAAGGGUUUUACUCGGUCAACCAACCUGGUAUCACACCAGAGAACACACACAGGAGAGCAGCCUUAUAGCUGUGAUCAGUGUGGCAAGGGUUUUACCAAUUCAAGAAACCUGGUAACACACCAGAGAACACACACAGGAGAGAAGCCAUAUAGCUGUGAGCAAUGUGGGAAACGCUUUUCUCGGAUAGGAUACCUUAAAGGACACCAGAGAACACACACAGGACAGAAGCCUUAUAGCUGUGAUCAGUGUGGCAAGAAUUUUACUCAGUCAAGCAAGCUGCUAUCACACCAGAGAACACACACAAGAGGGCAAUCAUAUAGCUGUGAGCAAUGUGGGAAAAGCUUUUCUCGGAUAGGACACCUUAAAGGACACCAGAGAACACACACAGGAGAGAAACCUUAUAGCUGUAAUCAAUGUGGGAAGAGUUUUACUCAUUCAAGUAAUCUGAAAACACACCAGAGAACACACACAGGAGAGAAGCCUUACAGCUGUGAUCAGUGUGGCAAGAGUUUUACUCAGUCAAGCAACCUGGUAUCACACCAGAGAACACACACAGAAGAGCAGUCAUUUAGCUGUGAGCAAUGUGGGAAAAACUUUUCUCAGGGAGAAAGCCUUAAAGAGCACCAGAGAAUACACGCAGGAGAGAAGGCUUAUAGCUGUGAUCAAUGUGGCAAGAGAUACUCUCAUUCAAAUGGUCUGAUUAAACAUCAGAAAAUACAUGCAGGAUAUCCACAGAGUGUAGAAUGACCUCCAACACCAGACCUGGGUAGUAGAGCACAGAGUGUGGAAUGACCAACACCAGACCUAUAUACAUCAAAUCACAUUUUUGUGUCACAUACAGUUGUUUAACAGAUAUUAUUGCGGAUGUUGCGAAAUGCUUGUGUUUCUAGCUCCAACAGUCCAGUAAUAUCUAACAAUUCACACAAUCUAAAGGAAUGGAAUUAAGAAUAUAUAA